CUAACACACACAUGCAAGCCAACGCUCGCAAAAAGCGAACUUCCAAUGCGUGCAUCGCCUGCCGGCACAGCAAAAUCAAGUGCUCCGGCGACGAGCCGUGUGCCAACUGCCAGCGUCGCGGGAUAAAAUGCGAGUUCACAGAUGGAAUCAAUCGGGUUCUGGUAUCGGAGACCUACCUGCGACAGCUUGAAGCACGAGUUGGAGACCGACAGUCGUAUGGCGCCUCACAACCCUCACCAACAACCCCUUUGCAGUCGGCGCAGUCCAGUGCCGGAGGACGAGUCGGCUUUGCGUCUGGAGUGACCGCCGAAUUGACCCCAUUCCCCAAUAUAGCAGGGCUAGGUUCCUCGCCAGCGCCAACACCGUCCGAUGCGCCCAGCAUAUGGACGAGCCCAUUCAGUCUGCCUUCGACGACUAUUAAAAACACGAAGGGGAAUAAACGCAGCUGGAUUUGGCUUGCCCCAUCAUCCAUGUGGUCAUUUACUACACGGUUGACCAUCCUCAUGACGGAGAAACUAUACGCUAGAUAUCCAGACAGUGCGCCCACUCUCGUCGAGAAAGAGGUAUAUCCUUUACGAUGGGAUCGAUGCUCAUCAAAAGACGCACCCGACAUCAGCGGGCUACCAUCGCUCGACCACGCCCUGUAUCUGUUCGCCACCGUCAAGUUCCACCUAGGCCAGAACUACCGCUUCUUCGACGAGGACCAAUUUGUUCAAAACGUACAGGAGUUCUAUCAGGGCGAUCCGGUGAGAAUGGCCAGUGAACACCAGCUCUGGUACAUACAGUACCUCCUCGUUCUCUCCUUUGGGACCGCGUUCCUUUGCCGAACGAAAAGCGACAAACCGCCUGGGGCAGAGUUCUUCGUGCGUGCCAUGUCCCUGAUGCCAGACCAUGCGUCUCUGUGGAAAGACAGCCUACUGGCUAUUGAAGUUCUGGCGCUGGCUGGUCUUUACUUUUAUUCCAUUGACCAGAGAGAGUCGGCGUACAUCUAUCUCGGCCAAGCAAUAAGAAUAGCGCAGUAUGAAGGACCACACACACAGCUGUCGGAAGAGCAGCUCGGGGCUGGUGUUGUAGCACGCUGCAGGAACCUCUGGUGGACACUGUACAUCAUGGACCGGCAUUUCUCAUAUUCAGUCGGUCUGCCAAUGUCAAUGCAGGACAGAGACAUUAGCACUCCGAUAGAACCAUGCAGCACGUCUCACCAAGACGUGGCCCUCAGUCUGCAGGCAAAACUGUCACACUUGCUAUCGUCAAUCUUGACUACGGUCUACAAAACCGAGAAAUCCCAACUGGAUACUUUCCUAGAUACGACAAAGCAGAUUCUGCAGCAACUCGCCGGAUACGCCGAGGAAGUCGAACGGAUCAUCCACGCUGCAUUCCGCAAUUCGGUCGAUUCGAUGCCCAGGGGGACGCGGCAUAUUACCUUGCUCUACCACCAAUGUGUGAUUGUCGCUACUCGUCCCCUUCUUCUUUCAGCAUUCAUGGAAAGGCUGUCUAAACUUGACACUGAUAAUGACGACGCCGCCGACACACUGGAUCUGACAAGAACAUUGAUAAUGACUGGCAUCAAGUCAGCCUCCAAGACUUUGCAGAUCAUAUCGCAGAAUGACAGCCUUCUGGAGGUAUUCCUAUUGUACAAUCUCGAAUUCACCUACGCCGCCGCAAUACACCUCGCAAUGGCGAGCGCAUUAUUUCCAGAGGCCUUCGACGGCAAAGGAGCCGCACAGGAAGCUCAUUCUAUUCUCGACCAAAUGAUAAGCAACGGGAACAAAGUCGCCAAAGUCCGGAAAGAGGAACUCCUUCACCUUGAAGGCUUAUUCCACGAGGUAGCUGCACGAGCAGAGUCUAAUGGGCUUCAGCCACUCACAUUGACGACUGCCCUUCCCGCUCCCGGAAUUCCAGAUACGCAUGAUCUAACAGCCAGCAUAGAGGAGCAUGGUAGCUGGAGGGCGAGGCAGCUUUCAGAUGAUAUGCUACCGGAUGCUCAUGGUCAUCCGACCUACGAAUCGAUGUAUCAUGAGGACGCAUUGAUGCCGAGCGCGGAGCUGUUGAAUGAUAUUGGGAUUUCGUCGACGGAGAUCCUAGCCAUUAUUGAUCAGAUUGGGAAUCCCGAUACUGGAUACUCACUUCUGGAUUUGGGAUGAACCCUGGUUGGGAAAUAGAAACGUUUCCUGAUGAUCUACAGUGAUCAGAUCCUUCUCCUGCCACAUAAGACUAGUUGUCCUAGGGCCAAAGAUGGUAACAUAGUAAGAUAGAAUCAGGAUUAUAAGGAGAGGUGCAUUGCCCUAACUAAUGAAUACUGAAGCAUAAAUUGAUC